UCCCAAUAGGUCAGUCCAACCAAAGCUUUAAAUUUGAUGGUUUUGUUCCUUUUUUAGUUGUUCUUGUCAACUUUCUUCACUUGUAACUCAAGUUAACAUCAAUCUUCUUUCAACCUCAACCAACAGAUUUCAUAGUUAAUUGGGGAAAAAAAAAUAAAAAAAUCCCCAAGUUUCAUGUGUUUUGUGAAGCUGGCGAAUUCAGGAGAUCAUGAAAAGAGCUGGAACAGAGGAGGUGACAGAGAUCAUUUGGAAUCGUUGGUUUCGCCGACGUUUAUUUCUGGGUUCGAUAGAGAGCAAGAGAAUUCAGCAAUUGUGUCGGCUCUGACUCGGGUGGUUGCCGCCGGUGAUUAUGAAGAUGCGGUGGCUGGCGGCGGCGGCGGCGGCGGCGACGUCGGCGAUGAUGACGCAGAUGGUGGAAAUGGAAGUGCUGCAGCAGCAUUUCUGAAUGUUGUUCAUCAUGAUUCUGGUUCUUCAUCUCCUGGUUCCCCAUGGGGUGGUGUUGGAGAGAAAAGAGGACGAAAUGAUUAUGAUCAUCAUCAUCAUCUUCAUCAUCAGCAAGCCCCUGAAUCAUCAUCAGGUGUAGUUCGCAGGACAUAUAAUGAUUUGCCUCUUAUUGGUUCAAACUUGGAACCAUUAGGUGGGGAGAAUUUAUUGAUAAGAACCAAUAUUGCAGCAACCGGAGGAGGAUUAUACACAUACUCAGCAGCUCAAAUGACGGGUGACGAAAACAACAACAACAUCACAGAUUCCACCGCCACCGGAGGAGAGCCAAAGAGGAGAUACAGAGGAGUAAGGCGGCGGCCAUGGGGGAAGUGGGCGGCUGAAAUAAGAGAUCCGGUCAAAGCCACAAGAGUAUGGUUAGGCACAUUUGACACAGCAGAGGCAGCCGCCAGAGCUUAUGAUGAUGCCGCACUGAGAUUCAGAGGAAACAAAGCGAAACUCAAUUUCCCAGAAAAUGUCACACUUUUGCCAUCUUUGCCUUCUCCAAGCUCUUCAUCGCCUUCAACAUCCCAAUUCCUCGUCAAUUCUCAUCAUUCUCAAAAUCCCAUUUCCUCUGUUGUUCCUUCAUUUACAGAACCCAUUAUCCACACCCAGAAUCCUGAAUUUCAUACCAAUUCUCUGAACUAUCCCAAUGCUUCGGAGGAGUAUUUGGCUAGACAAUAUCCCACAAGUUUGUUGAAUCAGUUGUUUAGUUCAACAUCAUCUCAGAUGGGUUCCAGUUUUCAGACUAAUUCUUCAUCCUCUGUUUUCCCUUAUCCUGUUUCUUCUUCAUCUGGAAUGCCUUCGUCUCAAAUGGCUUAUUUUGAUUAUCCUCUGUUUUUAAAUACAUUCAGGAACAAUGCUGAUGCUGAGUUUCCGUCGAAUUCUUGGUCGGGUUCGGGAUAUGAUGCGUCUUCCUCUGGAUGAUUUCCGAUUCAUAUAUUUGCAGCUACAUUUGAAUUCUAGUAGUAUUUUUUUUCCUUUUUUUUUUGUGGCCAGAUUUCCUUGGCCUUUUGGUUCCUCAAUACAUGUAAGAAAAAGGCAAAAAUAUAGUGGCCUUUAAUUGAUUUUUUUUUGGUUAGACAAUUCAGUUGGGAAAAUCGUUCUUGUGCAAUGUACUCCCUCUGUCCCAAAAUUAUUGUCCAGUUUAAGAUUUCAUUUUUAGUACAAUUUGAACUAAAAAUGAAAAUCCAAACUGGACAAUAAUUAUGGGACGGAGGGAGUAUUUCUUUUUUCUAGUUAAGAAAUUGAUCAGGUAGGAGGUGACUAAAUGAAUCACCGCAAAAUCGAAUAAGGAAAUUAGGACUGGGAAAAAUAGAUCCAAAAUGUUGAAUCAAUAUUCCAAAUUUAGUUCAUUUAACUGUCUGUUGUCUUUUAGACAUCCAUCUCAUUUUAAACAUCCA